AUGUCAGAACACCCUCGCACCACUCUCUCUUCCCUGUCUUCUUCUCCGGGAAGAUUGCCUCCGAUAUCGAGGCCGGACUGGCCGUGGGCAGCUCGUAGUUACUCACAAAGAAGCCAACAGUCGUCUCCACAUCCUAUCCAAGGAUCAAGCGCGCAGAGUGGUUGGGAUCCACGAUCAUCCAUCUCCUCGGGCGGUAGUCAAAGUGGCCAUUCAGGUAUACAGGCCGGUAGAGCCACCAGCACUCCCAGACCGACAUUCGCAAAUUCUGCCAUGGCACACGGGGAGUUGACAAGGCAUUGGACAUUCACGGGUUUUGAAUGGGUCGUUCGUGAUGCUCACAAGCUCAGGAAUUUUGUCGAGGGCGUAGAAGCUGUUGAAGAUGGCGUCCAGCCUGGGCAUGGGGAUUUCGAAAUACUCAAACACUCCCCGAUGCUUGGAGACAACAAAUUCAAACUAGAGAUUGCACCCACCAUUCCUGCCGACGGGUCGUCUGCUUCCAGUCCAACCACUCUGUCGUUGUACAUCACCUCCCUUCUGCUCGACUUUGCUCAAGGCGACUAUGAAACUCAUGCUUCCAUGAUGGCUGCUAUUAAAUGCCAAGAUGACCGUGCUGGUGAACGAGGAGCGCGUCCAGAUUGGGUUUGGGAAUAUUGGCAGAACGAUUGGGUAUUUCGUCGCGAAAGCGAGGUUUGGGAAUGCCCCUUGCCAUCCCUUAGUUCGCUCUUGGAGAAUCCAAGGAUACAAGAAACGGAUUCCAUCGUAAUCUGCGUACAAAUUCACUGCCCUGUUGGACCCUCUGUUCCUCAGCAACCUUCCGUAUACUAUGUACCCAAGGAUCUCCUGGACGGCCUCGAGGCAUCAUUAGAUAACCCAAACACUGGCGAUGUCCGCUUUGUUUGCCUGGAGCGAUACAAGGGUCAAGAUGAUGCCCCUUCAAAUCAGCCUUCAUCACCCAAUGCUUCUGAAACUAGUUCGCCGUUUGGUUCUUACGCAACUGCCCGCAAACGAAUCAUAUACGCGCACUCUGACAUUCUGAAACGCCGCUCUGAAUACUUCGCAACCAUGUUAUCUUCUGCGUUUGCCGAAAGCUCCACCCUGUCCUGCAGUGAACGAAAAAUAUACACCGUCGUUGUCGAAGAAGUUGACUUCGAGACGACAUAUUGGUUGCUGAAGUACUGCUAUGCCAACUGGUUGCUUUUCAAGCAGCAUGAUGACCCCAGGGUCGCCGUUGAGGGCGUCGGUGCAGGCUGGAGUGCCCGCUGGCUCACCGGACAGCAAGGCGAGUGGGAUUGGAGAACCUUCCAUAGAGGAGGGCCGAGCGAGGAUGGCACUGCUGACAACAGAAGUGCGACCAGCGGUGAAAGCCUGCCUCUCAGCUCUGCUAUGAGCCAGUCGCCUAGUUCAAAGUCAGAAACAUUCCGAGGCCCUGUGGCAAACCCUCCAAGUACUUCUAAUCGGUCGAGCCCAGCUAAAACUCCCAUUUCUCACCCACCGAGCACACCGCGUCAAAGCGCUGUUUCAAAUAGCACCACUACCAGUACAGUUCGCCGUACCAGUGUACCUGGCACCGCCAAUCCUGUGACCAUGAGCGUUAGCGGGCCAUCCUCCUCCACUGCAUCUAGCAGGUCCAAGCCAGUCUCUAUAUCGACGAGCUCAGGUAACUUUACCCCGUCCACCCGUUUCCCAGUAUCUCCACGCACAGCAAGACCGGUGGCCCAAUCAAAUCCUGACCCUCAUCCACAUCCAACCCCUGCUCCUGCACCCGCGUCUGCUAUAUCGAUUUAUCAGGUUGCCCAUCGCUAUGAGAUGCCGAAUCUUGCUGCGCUCGCUUUGGAUCACAUUAUGUCAACCAUCACACCUCAGUCAAGCUUUGCACUGCUCCUUGCAACCUCACUCUGGGAUGAUCUUCAUAGUUUGAUUGAGGAUUUUGUGGUGGAAAGCUGGGACGAGGUGUCAACCUCCCCCGAAUUCGAAGUAUGCUGUCAAGAAGUUGCGGCUGGAGAGUGGGGUCCUGAGGGUGGUAAAACGCUCAUGUCUGUGUUCCGUCGCCUCCGUUCUCCGGCUUCUUUGUCCACAUGA